GGCUAUCGGCUAUCCUCAACAAGUCUACUCAAAGGGCGGCGUAGCAACAACGAACCCAACCAAGCACCAAUUGAGAAAACCACAAAAUCCCCUACGAAUUGACAAAACUCUACCCUCUUUCAUAGUUUCAUCUUCCAUUUCUCAAUCUCACCAGAAAUUUCUUCCAACAGUCAAAAAGUAAAAAUGAGCGAACCUCCGAAGUUAUACGUUCACAAACCCAAGAAAGCUCAUUUGAAGCAAUCCAAAGUAACAAUGGAAGCCCAAUCAUCAACAGCAACACCAUCAUCUUCUUCGUCGGGUGGUGGUUAUGGCGGUGGAGCUUCCGAGCCUCCAGAGGUUCCAAAGCAGUCUUUUUUGAGGCGGUAUAGGUUCAUCAUUCCUCUCAUCUUGUCUGUCAACGUUGCUAUUGGAGCUUAUCUGUUUAUGAGGACUAAGAAGAAAGACAUAACUGUUGAGGAAGAAACUACUGAUGCAACUCCCACUCCCACACCCUCAACGUCAAGUGCAACCCCAACAACUGCUGCUGUUACUGCGAGUCUGCCAGCAGCACAAGCAACUAGAGUGCGAGAACCAAUUCCUGAGCAGCAGCAAAGGGAAUUGUUCAAGUGGAUGCUAGAAGAAAAGAGGAAGAUCAAGACAAAUGACCCUGAAGAAAAGAAGCGCAUCGAUGAAGAAAAAGCUAUCCUGAAGCAGUUUAUCCGAGCCAAGUCCAUUCCAAGUAUCUAAAAAUUUGUGCAGAAACAGGUGCUGGAAGGAUCAGGUAUUUUUUUUUUUAUUGGUUUUCGAGGACCAGGUUUAAAACUUUUGCUUCUUUAAGGUGCACAAUAGAUUUACAAGUCUUGUAUUGUUUCAUGGUUAACUAAAUCAUGCAAGUAUAUUUUAUACCUAGACCAAAUUGUAAUUUCUGUGUGAUGAAAGUUUUAUUGUGGUCAUCACCAACACCAACUGAAACAAGCAUAUAGCAUUACUGUAUAUGAAUUUAGGUAACUUGAAGCUGAUUUGACCCAAAGCAAACCGACCUGAAAUA